AUGGCGUGCCUGAAGCAGCAGCAGGCCGCCAUCAAGAUGGAGGCCGUGAAAAUCGCGCCGGCGGAGAAGUUUGCAGAGUGCCCAACCUCGCAGGCCCGCUACGGGCCCUCGCAGUGCACCCGGGACCCCCCGCUCGUUGGCAAGUGUGCCUGGCCCCUGGAGUCGGAGAUCAUCGCCAACCAGGCCUGCGCCGAGGUGUCGGCACUGGAGAAGUCACGGAGCCCCAGCGGGCUGGCCAGGACUCCGCCGCGCACCGAGAAGUUUAGCCAAGGCCACCGCAAGGCCAGCGCUGAGAUGUGCUUCCACCACCAGACACCUUCGGAUGAGGUCAUCGUCAACCAGUACGUGCUCCACCAGUCGGCCACCUCAGAGCCCCUGGAAUGCCCCACCUGCGGUCACGUGUACAACGCCACCAACAAACGCCCGCGGAUCCUCUCCUGCCUGCACUCGGUGUGCGAAGAGUGCCUGCAGAUCCUCUACGAGUCCUGCCCCAAGUACAAGUUCAUCUCCUGCCCCACCUGCCGCCGUGAGACCGUCCUCUUCACCGACUAUGGCCUGGCCGCUCUGGCCGUCAACACCAGCAUCCUAGCCCGACUGCCGGCCGAGGCCCUCACCGCCAACCCAGGUCAGUGGGGCGGAGAGGCGGACCGCAGCUGCUACCAGACCUUCCAGCAAUACUGCGGGGCAGCCUGUAGCUGCCAGCUCCGGAACCCACUGUCCUCCUGCACCAUCAUGUAGAAGGCCUCGCUCCCAGAGUAGCACUGACGACCGAUCGGAGAAGGAUUACUCCAAGACUGAGCAACUUGCUGUGUUUUCUCAGCACCCUUAUGGUAAAUUACCUAUGACUGAAUUAUCUCAUCUGGGAAUUUCUGUGUUUUCUGUGAAAUCAAAGAUAUCCAAUUCAGACUGGCAAGUAUUAUGCGGUCCUGAUAAUUUUGCUUGAGAGCAGCAUUGCUAAGCUACCUGCACAAACUUGACUCUGACCUCGGAACUGCUUUCUCCACCCCAGUAUUAUACAAUGCCUAAAACCAUCGCCAAAGCAUCGUCUUAAAAUGAUGCCUGCUACUGUUCAGUAAAGCUUAAUAUGUUCUAGGUCCAUGCUUCGGUAUUCAGACCCAUUCCAGCCCCGGCUCAGCCCUGUGUGCUUAAUCCUUAACCAGGAUGCCGAGUCUGCAAGGGCAUUUUUUUUUAUCUAAAUUUUAGAUUUUGAUCUUUAGAUGGAGAGGAAAGGGUUUCACAGCACUUAAUUUUAACUGCAGACGUCCUUGUCUAAGCCACAAGCUUGUGGCUAACAGCCCUGACGUCAAAAGCACAUCGUAAGCUUUUUUUGCAGUUUCAGCCCAAAGAAGCACCGUGCGUGAGCCCGCCCCGCGGCCAACGGCUCUGGCGGUGCCAAGCAGCAAAGGGUUAAUGUCUAUUUGUUUCCAGAUCAGCCAUCAGUCAGAGAAUCCCGAUAAUGAAGUCAGCUUUCACCAGAGGACUGUGAUUAUUUUAACUCCUUCCCCUACUCCAAACAUCUGGUCCUUGACUCCAUUCCGCCACUGACACAUCUAGGGCACAACAUGAUGGACAGGUCCUUGUCUUCAUCAUUAUCCAAUGUGUAUGGAGCACCUGCUGCCAAAGGUAACAGUGCUUGGAGUAACCAUGAACAGCACUAGGAACAUAAAGAAUGUUUCUUUAUUGAUUGUAUUCUGUGAAUAAACUAUAUCAG